AUGCCUCCCAAGCGCAUCACAGUACAGCCCGCGACCCGUCGGUCCCAACCCAAAGGCUGGUUCGGCCAGGUAUAUCAUACGUUGACCUCCGAGGAGAACUCGAGUGUUGUCAUCAGUGUGGCCAUGUUUGGAGUGAGUUUUCUCCUGCUAGAAUCGCCUCGCGCGGACACUCCCUUUUCCUUUUCCAAUUCAAGCGGUCCUCCACUCUUGACGAUCAUUGACUGA